AUGUUCGUUCGCCUUUCCAGCGCCACGGCAGCACUUGUCCUUCUGGCCUCAGUCAUCGCCACACCUCUGCCUUCCCGGGAGCACAUUGCUGUCCGUGACGAAACAGAGAAGGCAUCGGCCGGGAUUGUUCCAAUCUGGGGCGAGAACGGGCCGCAGCCCCAAGAUGUCAAGCAGACUAGUAUUGGAGACUGCUGGAUCGACGCAACCAUGGUAGCCAUUGCUGGUGUCUCGUCCAAGUGGAUGGAAGCCAUCUUCUACGGCCAGCAAAACCGAUACGCGUCACAGUGCGUUGUCGAGCUCACUGGUCCUCAGGGACACAAUUGGUUCACCACAGUCAACUACGAGGAUGUCAACUCUAAGACGCUCAAUGGCGGUGACGCUUCGUUGGCCGGCGAGUACUGGUGGCCUGGUGCGAUCGAGGUUGCCAUGUUGCAAGCGCCGAACCUGAAUCGCACCAUUGAGGGCGGGUGGCCCAAUGUCGCUCUCCAGAUGCUCACUGGAGUGGAGGCAGUCAUGGAGACAGACCCAGCCCGUUGGUGGGGAAUUAUCUCAAACUGCGAUCGGUCACCCAUUGUCGUGAGCACUGGCGAGAAUGUCAAGACGCUUGUCGGCGCCCACGCCUACGCCGUCACUGCCUGGGGGAAGUCGGAAGACGGGAUCUUGUACGUCGAGCUGCACAAUCCAUGGGGUAUCACUCGUCGGUAUGUGUAUGACGACAUUAUCGACGACCUCAUUGGCGCUUAUCACCUUGUCAACUUUGACUACUGGGUGGACGACGAGACGGCAAGGAAGUAG